CGCGCGGCCACUAGUGUUGUGACAGCGAUCGUGCCCACGACUUCGAUACUUUACUUCGCGACUUUAUUUUUCUGUCGUUCACCAUAUAGCUCUCAAAGCAUCGGAUACAGUACGCAUGAAAUCCUUAUAUGACCUGGUAAAAUAUAAAUUAUAGUUCAUGUUUCUGCAUCACAUAUAUGAACGAGUAGUAUUAUCACAACUGGGUUCAUUAAUAAUCGGUGAUAUUCUUGAUAAGUGACCUGUCAAAACUAUAAACCAGUGAAUUGCAUUUUAUUCUUUUUUCACCGACCAAACAGUGGAAUAAUUCAACAAUUUAAAACGUUUAUCAAAAAGAAACGUAGAAGCAAAAAAAAACAACCGGUUAACAUUAUAAUGGGUAGAUUUCAACGACGAUAUCGGCUAUUGCAGCGGUCAAGACAUCAAAAUAAUUGAUUAAUGAAUAUUUGAAAAAAUACAAUGCACCGGUGGAUUAUUCUGCAAGUUUCGUUGCUUAUUUUCGUUCAUGUCAGUGCUGUUACUGAUGAUUCGUCUAAACCGCUGUGGAUUAAAGGCAUCUACAGCGGUAAAAAACAUGUGACAGAUGGCCACGAGAUCGUAGUACCACGCAAAGUAACACAUAAUGGCGAUUUAAUCAGUCAUGACGUAACACACCACCAUGUUGACGAUAAAACUGAAUUGCACUAUCGUUUGGAGAUGGCUGGAUCACAAUAUCACUUUCAGCUGACACCAUCCGAAGAUUUUAUCGCACCAGGAAUGGUUGUGGAAAGACGAAAGCGCAGAAUUCACGUACGCCAUCAACCCAGAGAACACGCGAGUAAAUGUCAUUAUCGGGGAUUCAUUAGAGGUCACCGAAAUUCCUUUGUAGCAUUAUCGACUUGCAAUGGUCUGACGGGUGUACUUCGAGGAGAACAUGGCGAGUUCUGGCUGGAACCAGUCAAGAACGAGCCAGGAGAAGGAAAUGGUGCACGUACUGGGAAAGAAGUUGACUCUGAACGGUAUGCGUAUGCAACGAAUGCGAGUGUGGCGUCUGGUAGACCUCACCUUGUUUUCCGACGUUCGACUGCUGUGGAGGUUGGCGCCGGACAGCGAAGACGUCGAAAGAAGAAGAAAUACGAGCGAAACUGUGGAACACGUGACCCUCGGAGGUUGACUGAGACGCGUUUGGAAUGGCAGACUCAGCCUGGUCUUGUGCAAGUUCAAGGUCGUGGACGUAGGAAGCAUGGAUGGCAGAGGUCAAAGAGAUCCAUUAGUCGUCCUAGACACGUCGAGGCACUUGUAGUUGCUGAUACCUCUAUGAUGGCUUUCCAUCAGGAUGGUGAUGUCGAGACAUAUCUACUUACGAUUAUGAAUAUGGUGUCUGCACUUUACCAUGACCCAACUAUCGGAAACUUCAUUAAUGUCGUCGUUGUCCGCAUCAUUCUUAUGGAGGAGGAUGACGCUGAGCAAGGACUCAAUAUCACUGUGAAUGCCGACAAGACACUUUACAACUUUUGCAAGUGGCAAUUAAAGUUGAAUCCUACUGAUGAUUCUCAUCCCAAUCAUCAUGACGUUGCAAUAUUGGUGACACGUGAAGACAUAUGUUCAAGAGCAAAUACCCCUUGCAGUACUCUAGGAGUGGCUCAUGUGGCUGGUAUGUGCCAGCCUGAUAAAAGCUGCAGCGUCAACGAGGACAAUGGCAUCACCUUGGCACAUACUAUAACUCAUGAGCUUGGCCACAACUUUGGCAUGUAUCACGACACGGAAAAAAUAGGUUGCAGCAAACGAGAUGGUGAUACAUUACACGUAAUGACGCCGACUUUUGAGGUGGAUACAGUGGGUGUGGCUUGGUCUCGAUGUUCACGCAGAGACAUUACAAAUUUCCUUGACCAAGGAAAGGGAGAAUGUUUGGAAGACGAACCAGCAGAUAAUGAUUACGCGUAUCCGGAUCUACCUCCUGGAGCGAUGUACAAUGCUGAGCACCAAUGUCGACUACAAUUCGGGAUAAGAGAAGCUUCUGUUUGUUCACCGUUGCAAGAAAUUUGCUCUAAACUCUGGUGUAUUGUUGAUGGAUCAUGUAUUACUAUGCUACAUCCGGCAGCCCCAGGAACACAUUGCGGUAAACAUAUGUGGUGUCAAAAUCAGAAAUGUGUACCAAUAGUCGAUCGUCCGAGCCAGAUUGACGGUGGAUGGGGUAAGUGGGGUAAUUGGACAGAAUGUUCGAGAACUUGUGGUGCGGGAGUGUCGAUAAUGGAACGGAAGUGUGACCAUCCAAGGCCAGCACACGGCGGAAAGUUUUGCAUCGGUGAGAGACGACGAUACAAGAUUUGCAACACUGAUCCAUGUCCUGAAGGUGUACCAAGUUUCCGGAGUAUCCAAUGUAGUAAAUAUGAUAAUACAGAAUACAAGGGAAAAAAUUAUACCUGGUUACCAUAUUUUGACCAAAAUGAACCUUGCAAAUUGUACUGCACUGACACUAACGAGAGUGUCAUAGUUCCCUGGGGUGAAGCAGCUUUGGAUGGUACACCUUGCAACGUUGGUACGCGUGAUAUGUGUAUCGCUGGAAUAUGUAGAAAAGUUGGCUGUGACUGGACUGUUGAUUCUGAAGCUACGGAGGAUCGUUGCGGUAUUUGCCAUGGUGAUGGAACACAAUGUGAGACAACGAGCGGAAUUUAUGACAAAAAUGAAGGACCUGGUUAUCGUGAAGUCGUCGUCAUUCCUGCGGGUGCAAGAAAUAUCAAAAUCGAGGAGCUUGGCAACAGCAAAAAUUACAUUGGCAUUGGGCUAAGGAAUUCCAACAAAUACUUCCUUAAUGGAAAACGGUGCGUGCGGUGUUUUGGAAGACACCUUGGGAUUAGUAUAAUGGAUCACACAUUGGAGACUAAUGUUUCCGUUUCGUUGGACAGGCAGAUCACUUUAGCGGGAGAGUAUGAAGUCGCGGGAACGCCUGCAUUGUACGAACGUGAUCAUGAAAAAGAAAAGGUCAGGAUUCCGGGGCCUAUAAAGGAGGAUAUUGUUGUUUAUUUGAUCUAUCGAGGACAUUAUCGCAACUUAGGACUUCAUUAUGAGUACACGAUACCUAAAAGUGAACCAGACCGUGCUCCAGAAUACUUUUGGAUUCUUUCUGAUUGGUCAAUAUGUACAGCAACUUGUGGAGGAGGUACACAAACAUCGUAUGCUGUUUGUCAUGAAAGAAAAAAUGGUAUUGUAGAAGAGAGAUUUUGUGAUGAAAAAACGAAGCCUGAAUUUGUAUUACGUGAAUGCAACAAGAAUCCUUGCCCAGCUAGGUGGUGGGUUGGACCAUGGCAAAUGUGUCCAGUUAUUUGUGGUGAGGGUGUGCGAAAGCGAUCAGUGAUGUGUGUAUCAUCAGCAAAAGAUCCAGAUGGAUCAGAACUUGCUUUACCUGAUCGAGAAUGUGAUAAGAAUGCAAAGCCAGCUGAGGUUGGACCUUGUAUAGACCUCCCACCAUGUGGACCAACUUCCGAAAUUCCUUUAAUUAUAUACACUGAUAACAAGGUCGCCGCUUUCUAUAAUAUCAGUACUAAUGAUCAAUCCAAUCUGAUCACUGUGGAUGGCAACUCUACUGAAGAACCAGAGAUUCUGGAAUUUGAUAAUGUGGUUGAUGAAAAUCCUAAUAAUUCUGUGUAUAAUACCAAGUCAAAGUGGCUUGUAUCAAAAUGGAGCCACUGUAUACAUGGAAAAAGAAUAAGGAAGGUUUCAUGUUCAUCUGCUGGUGAUUGUAAUUUAAAAAACAAGCCCGCUUCGUCAGAAGAAUGUCGAGGAGAGAAGUGGGUCACUGGUAAAUGGGGACCUUGCAAUGCAACUUGUGCUUCAAAGUCGGGUGUGAAAAAAAGAGAAGUGAUUUGUAAAGACAGAUUGACGAAUAAAGAGUCUGGAAACUGCAUUCUUCACCGACGACCUCUUGAUACCAGACGGUGUUUUUAUCGUCGUCAGUGUACGGAGGAAAAACCCGGUUGCAAAGAUAUUAUCAAGCCCGUGAGUUUAUGUAUAUCUUACAAACGUAUGUGUGACUUAUCAUCAAUUGUGCGAGAAAAAUGCUGCGCCACAUGCUUUAAAAGGCGGCGUCAUGUUCGACACAAUCGGCGACAUAAUUUUGGCGACUAACAAUAGAGCAUUGACGUCAAAUUGAUAUUAUCGAAACAUGGAAAUGUUGAAUGUGAUGGAUAAAAGAUAUGCCCUAAGGGUGCUGAAUAUCACCAACAAAAUGCGUUGAAUAAUAUUGUAAACAUUCAAUAGUCAACACUUUAGUAUAUGAAUUGGCUCAAUAUUCUGAUAAUAUCUGUCCAUUAAUUUCGAGUAUCUUGUUUGGAAAAUACACAAAUCAACGAGCAGUUAAUUUUGCCAUGCUUAAAACAAUGUUCGAAAGUUCUAAUAGUUCAUCUACCUAGAAAAUAUCGAUUAUCCAAUUAUUCAAUCAAAUUUACAUAAGAAAUAACACAUAUUAGCUCAAACUAUUACUUAUUUGAUCAUUUGUAUUGAAAAAAAUUUUUAAUAAUUAUAUUCCUUUUCUAAAAAAUGUAUCGAUAUCUAAUAUCUGCUAGACAACAGUAUUCAUUCAGAAUCUAAUCUUUGUAUAAUUAAUGUCAAAUUAAAUAUAACUUUAAAAUAUGUAAGAUACACAAUAUUGUAACAAAUUACUGACAACAAUGUAUUUUGCAUACGGAAUGACCUUCGACUCGAUAAAAACUCUUAACGUACAAAUAAUGCAUCAAAAGCGAAUAAGUAAGUAAUGACUAUCAUAUCGAACUAAUGCUUUCAUAUUAAGCAAUUUCUAACAUGGCUAUUCUAUUUAGAAUUUUUAUUGAGCCAUCAUGGCUUGUUCAUUAAUGAUGUAAUCUAAUUUUGGCACCUGUGCCAAACUCAAUUUCUUCUGAGCUGAUCAGUAAAAUCAAGGGUCAUUCGAUAAUGUUAAAACGAAGAAAAUUUACAGUAACGUAUUAUUACGUCAUCAACUACGUCUGCAGUAAACACUUGCCAACUAUGUUGAAAACCAUUUUCUCAAUUUAUAAAUGCGUAAAUAGCUCGAUAAAAAUUUUCUAGCUGUUGUCUACUGCGACUCAAAAUUAACUUAGCUAAUAAAUAGUUAUAGUCAUUAUUUAACCAACAUCACAGCCAUAAUUGUUAAAAUAAUAUACAUGAUAUUUUUUAUACAUUAUUUUUUCUACUCAAUUUACUAUUAAAACAAUUUAAUGAAAGAUAUGGCGUAAGAAAAUAACAGUGAUAAAAUUGUGAUUUCAUUCUCGUAAGUGAUAUGGUUAUUGUUUUAUUUAUGUGUAAACUUAUUCAUUAAUUGAAUUUCUCACAAUCGAAUUGCUUCUACUGCAUAAUGUACUUAUAUAUUUUUGCUAGCUGUAUUUGAUAAAAGAAUUAUAAUGUUAAUAGAAUUUUUUACUGACCUCUCAUAACAAUCAAUGAUGAUGAAUAAAAAAAAUUUACUUUUUCAAUAAUAACCAUUUUUCUUAUUCUUAUUAUCCAUCUAUAAUUCAAUGACAAAUUGAAAAGAAAAAACUCAACUUCAUAAAAUCAAUCCAGCUGCUGCCUUAAUCCAUUUACAUUUAAACGAAUGUUUCCUGUUUAACAUUGACCUCAAUUUCCAUGACAAAUCAUUGCUUACAAAUGUUAACCAAGG